AUGAAAGAAACUAUUCUACUUGAUAAUGAUAAAGAACUAUUUUGGGGUGCAAUUGAUAAUGAUAUUUCUUGGAUUAAAACUAAUUUUGAUCGUUGUGAUAAAUGUGGACCUGAAAUUUUUUUCUCUCCAUUUAAUAAUAGUAAUGUAGUGUUUUAUCAUAUGAUUAGUGCAACUUCAGAAUGGAGAUUUGGAAAUCAAAUUUUACGUAGACAAUCUAUUUAUGACUCUUUUAUGCAAUCUCAAUAUGGGAUAAAACUAACAAAUGAUAUUUCUGAAGAAUUAUUCAUGUCUGGAUUAACUACAUCUGUAAGAAAAAUACAGAAAAUGAGAUUAAUACCUUUUCAUGGCAAUCUUACAUGUAGUAGUAUAUGUCGAAAAUAA